AUGGGCUCUGCUGGCAAAGAUGAAGUCUACGUGACUGUUUCGGCACUCGAAGCAGGCCAAUUGACCUUGCCGGAAAGAUUGUUCAUUACAGAUGCUGACCCUGAGAAGAAGGCAACUGUACCUUCUCUGUCCUUCUUGGUUCAACAUGCCUCGCAGGAUGGAAAGAGCACCAAGUUCGUCUUCGAUCUGGGUCUGAAGCGUGACUUGACGAAAUAUCCUCCGGCACAACAAGCUCAUAUCGCCAAUCGCCAGCCAACCAUCCUCCACCCUGACUGUGCGGACAGCCUCAGAGCUGGGGGUCUCGACCCUGCAAAGGAUAUCGAUAUUGUCAUGCUAAGUCACGUCCACUGGGACCACGAAGGCACGCCAGACGACUUCCCCAACUCGCAGUUUGUUGUCGGAUCCGGAACCCUGCAUUUACUCGAGAACGGCGCUCCUCCACAUUAUCCGCAAGAAAUCUUCAACGCAAAUCUCUUGCCGCGGGAUCGAACAUCAGAAUUACCUCCCGUGUCCAAGAGCAGCACAACCGCAGCGGGCAAGCAGACGGGCCAUACGUGGAAACCGUUUGCAGGAUUCCCUGCCACGGUCGACUUUUUUGGCGACGGGAGCGUCUACAUUGUAGACAGCCCUGGCCAUCUUUUUGGGCAUGUUAAUCUACUUGCGAAGACGGGGCCACAGAAAUGGGUCUAUCUGGGCGGCGACUGCUGUCAUGAUCCGCGCAUCUUGACAGGCGAGAAAGACGUGGCGCUCUAUGAUGAUGGACAUGGGGGCCUCAGGUCGGUUCAUGUCGAUACGGAGCAGGCGAAGGAGACUUUGAGACGGAUUGGACCUUUAUUGAGGACACCGACGCCUAGUCUAGAAGGCGACAACCACGUCGAGGUUAUUGUUGCGCAUGAUGGAGAGUGGAGGAAGAAGAACCCGGAUAAAUUCUUCCCAGGGACGAUAUAG